AUGGCCCGGUUAGAUCAACUGCCGCUUGAGCUGCUUAUUCUAAGUGCACAAAGCUUGCACAACCAGAGAGACAUCAACGCUCUUGUACGAACCAACAAGACUCUACACCAUGCCCUAUAUGAUUUUCUGUGUCGGUUCAAUGUCGAGCAUCAUCAAAGCUCGGCCCUGUUCUGUGCCGCGCGGAAUGGAAACACAGGCCUGGUGACAAGAAUGCUUGAUGCUGGCGCAAACAUUUCCGCCUUUGAGAGACCAACCGAAGUCACUCAUGACCCGGAUGACUCGGCUGAGCUCUUCAAAAUCAACCCCCUUUUAGCUGCCGCCCAAGGUGGGCACAUUGAAACUCUCAAAGCAAUGCUGUCCGAGAGAAGACCUGGCCGAGCAAGUUCACCCGCGCAGCUACGUACGGUUCUUCACUGGGCAAUCCGGUCUCGUGUUAGUAGCCUUGUGGAGUUGAUGAUUGAGAAUAACGCCCCCUUGCAUCCUGCUGGAGAUCACUAUCAGGCUCGCUCAGCUUUAGGUGUUGCCAUUGACUCCGAAAACAAUUCUGUUAUUCCCCGCCUUCUUGAUUUAGGGGCACGCUCCGGGCCCUAUGAGUGCCCAUGUCCUAUCGAACAAGCGAUAUGCACGGAUCAGCCACAACUAGUCGAGCUUUUGCUCAAACAUGGUAUGCAACUGAAUAAUAACGAAGGCCUUUGUCAUAUUGUACGUCGAAAUAAUAAACUCCUACUGCAACUUCUCUUCGAUUACGGAUUGAAGCUUGAGCUCUACGCUGAACCAUUAUUUAUCGCGAUCAUGGAAGAUCAAUACGAGAUGGUCGAGAUGCUCAUUGACAAUGGGGCGAACUCAAAGUUAAGAAUGAAAUUAUGGUGUUGGGAUGAAGACUCUCCGGGAGACCUUGACGAAUGGGACUUGAGCCCCAUCGGAUUUGCAGUACAUUUUAGACGCUUGAGUAUUCUGAAGCUUCUUCUGGAAAAGGAUGUCAUCCCAGGGUCAGCGGACUUGCAGCUGGCAGCGAAGAAGAAGUAUGAAGAGGGAAUCGCUCUUCUCUCAAGAUUCACGAGUCAAGAAUUACCUGAUAUUGAGCAUAUACAGGAAUAUAUGUGGUGGACACCGCAUUUCAAGAGGAAGGAGGAGCCAGACUUCCUAAUGCCAGGUACCAAUUGGGCCAUCAUGGAUUACAUCUCACCUCCGACUGGUCCGCAGAAACAGAUUUGCGUGCAGUUUUUGCCAUGA